UAAAGGCAGAGGGGGCGUGCUGUGGCCUCUCAGUACCGCCCUUUCCUCGCCGUGCCUUUACUAUUGCCAUCUUGGAAAGGUUUGAAUUUCACAGCGUACAAAGCUGCUGAGGGAGGCGGAAGGAGGCGGAGGUGACAGCGUGAGGGGAGGGGAAAGCAACUCCGCCGUCACCAACAGACAUUUCUCUCUUGUACUUUCCACUCUCUCUACGGGUUUUCACUUCCUCUGUCCCGUGUCUGUAGGGAGGGUGUGUGAGAGGGAGAGUUUCCUCAAGCUCUGAUAUCCGCCUUCCUCACAGCUCCAGUCUGCCGCUCGUUAUGUCACCCAGUCAGGAGAGCAGGUAGGGGGAGAGCGGGGCUUUACUCCCCAACACUGAGCUGGAGCCGGCAGCGCCAUCUGUGACAGCAGCGGCCUGUAUCUCGCCUAAAGUGUGUGCUGCCUGCGAAAAGGGGGCCGGGCCUCUAGAGCACUUUCCGCGGAGAACGGGGUUCCGGCCACGGGCCUACUGAAGUGAUCGGGAAUCGUGGGAGCGCUCAGGAUGUCUGUUUUACGCUAGAGUAAGUGGAUCUGGCCCCGAACUCUCCACAGCUAAGCGGCGGGCAAAGUAACCGAGACGCCAGGGGAGGAGAGGGAUAUUACCGAAGCCCCCGCCAGGAAGGAGGAUCUGGAGGCCGCAUCACCUUCAUUCCUCACCCCCUCCACCGCCAGCGGAUUGGUUUUGCCCGUACGAUGUCCAAGAUGCCAGCCAAGAAAAAGAGCUGCUUCCAGAUCACAAGUGUCAUCACGGCCCAGUCGGCCAACAGCAUCACGGAGGAGACGGAGAGCCUGGAUGACCCGGACGAAUCGCGGACAGAGGAUGUGUCUUCGGAGAUUUUCGACGUCUCCCGCGCUACCGACUACGGACCGGAAGAUGUCGUGGGGAGGAGCUCGUCCGAGGAGACCCUUAGCAAUGUCUGCGAGGCAGAGACGCCGGGAUCCGUGUCCCCUAACCUGCCGCACGAGGGGAUCGGGCUCAUUGGAGCUAACGGGGGAGCCGCGAGUAGAGGAAGCGGACAAGGAGCUGCGUUAGGUCUGGCGAACCAAGUUUCUACUGCGACUGCGACGCCCACCGCCUCUAGUGUUGCCCAAGUUGCUUCUCAAUCCCCCGCCGCCACUUGCAGCUCACGCUUCAGGGUGAUCAAACUUGACCACGGCUCAGGGGAGCCCUACAGGAGAGGCCGAUGGACCUGUACAGAAUAUUAUGACAGGGACUCGGAUUCCAACUUAAUCUCUAGGACUGGGGAUACAAUCAGGCACACGAGCACGUUUGAUCACUCUGCAGACAGGGACAGCGGACUGGGGGCCACAGGGGGUUCUGCGGUGCAUGUGCUUCACACUUCGGAAUGUGCAGCUGACAGUUGUGCUGUGUCACAGUUGCUUCAGCCUGACAAAAUGAACCAGCCCUCUCAGCAGCAACCGUUUCUAAUUGGGCAGCAGGCAGUAGGUGGAAUGGUGUGUCAAGGUACUGCCCAACAGAUGUACCCGGGCGCUGUUACAAGUCAGCAGACGACCAGCCAAUCGCACACAGCUGCACAAAGUGCAAAUAAUGGCGCAGGCAGCAGUUCUCGGAAUGUACACACUGUGCAGUCGACAAUAUCCGCAACUCCGCAGCAGCAACCUACUGCUUCUGUUAGUCAGCCUCAAGCGUUCCCUUACUCCCAGGUGCAGUCUGGACACAUGAUGUCCACUCAGCCAGCUGGUCAGACAGAAUAUGUCCAACAUAUAACCGUUCUACAGUCCCAAGGAACACCUCAGAAACCCACAAGUACUGGGGCUCCGUCAAGUCUUCCAGGCCAACACCUGCAAGCAGGUGGAACACAACUAGUAGGUCUUCUUUCCAAAACUGGUGACUCUGUGAGCCAGGGAUCAGGCUUGAUACAGAGUGGCCAAUCACCCCAAAGCCACCCAGUUCAUGUCCAGCACCCUGGAAGUGGGGCACAAUCAUCUGUGCCAUCUAUUGGAAUAGUGCAGCAGAAGUCCAUAAAUCAGCAAGUGAGUGGGAGUAGUCCUGUUUCAGGCAUUCCAGGGGGACACCAUACCAUGGCUCCGGGAAUACAGAGUGUGCCUGCUGCUAUGUCCGGUACAGGUGUUACUGGAAUACAAAGUACGGUGCCAAGUGUGUCUGCCACUCUUGUUACUAUGCCAAUUGCUCCUUCUAAUUUUGUGCAGUCUCCACUGAGCAACCAUACAACUGUCAGUAGAAGUAAUAGCCUAACACCAACAGUUGGGCUUCCAGCAAUGACGUCAAAUGUACACACAAGUUUGCCGCAGUCCAAUGUCAAUCAAGUUCAGACUCCGAGCCAGUCACUGGUUGGCCAAAUAGACGACCGAAGAAAGUCUGAACCUCUACCUCAGCCACCAAUGUCUCUCUUUUCUGAGAAGCCUUUUAUGAAAGUCUCCAUCACAGACACCUUAGCAAACCCUCUCAAUUUACCCGUUUUUGGUUUCCCAGUUGAUGGUGAUGACGACAGGAAUCCUUCAUCUGCUUUCUAUGAAGCAUUUCAUCUGAAGUUCCGUGGGGCAAAGAAACUGUGUGAUAGUUCAUCAAGUGCAAAUGUAGUAGCCAUCGACAACAAAAUUGAACAGGCAAUGGACCUGGUGAAAAGCCAUCUAAUGUAUGCAGUAAGAGAAGAAGUUGAAGUCCUCAAGGAACAAAUAAAGGAAUUGAUAGAGAAGAACUCUACCCUUGAACGAGAAAAUGCACUGUUAAAAAACCUUUCCAACAAUGAUCAGCUGUCUCAACUGUCAGCUCAAGCUGGACUGAGCACUUGCCAGCAACAGCCACCUCCAGUGACUACAGCUCCGAUCAGUGCGCCGCCACAGAAUGCAAACCCCGCGCAGCAACCGAAUGUCUCUUCAGCAUAAAUCGUAGAGACUGCUUUCUUGCCUUGUGUUGCAGACUGAAAGCAAUCUGUCCUUGUGUGCCACUGCUGUUUGUUUCACUUUAAAACCGAAAACGAGAAAAAAAUGAAAGCAAGUAGCCAUGCUUCAUUUGUGUGUUUGGCCUUUUUCAGUAUUAGACAAUCAUUUUUCCACUUCUAGAGAAAUGAGAGGGAGGUGAAACCUGUUUCAUUUUGUACCAUAUUAUAAGUUAAGAAUCUGAGUGAUAAUUACAGGCCUCUUAUUCUCAAGAAGUGAGCCCCUGGAUGGUCAGGAGACCUGCCAUACUUUAUGUUCUUAGCCUUUUUUGAAGGGAACGAAGCAGCAUUUCAUGUUAAAAA